AUUUGCUAUAUCGACUUUCAUCGUGUUCCAUGGAAUAUACUGGUAUUAUAAGAUGGCUGUUGUCAAAGCACAACGAAUUACAAGACAAUCAACAUGAAGUUGUUGAGUUUGCUGAAAAGCGAUGGCCACAGAUCGCAUAUUGGAGAAAAGAUAAAGAGCCAUCUGUAGACUGGCAACCCAAACUAGUUUUGGCACUUUUACAAGCAGAUGAAAACGAAAUUAAUGAAGUCAAUCAGUGGAUAAGGAAUGUUAUUGAGAGGGGUCGUGAACAGAAUGCUUCAGCUAAGGAAGAUCCCUUGAGUGUUUUACUGAAUACUAAAUCAGAAAGAGAAAUUGGAGAUGGUUAUAAGAAAUGGUUGAACGAAUCUCGUGUUAUUCUGAAGAAUUCCUAUGACUUUUUAAAAGAAAAUGUGCAACAGCACUGGCCAAAUGAACCUGAUCUUUUGAAACAAUCUAAAUGGCCAAACCAAUUGAUUAUGAAAUGUCUGCGUGGUGGAGAUGCUGAUAGAGUGGAAUCAUUCAUUAACAAUUGCCAAGAAAAAUUAGACAAAAGGAAUGCACAACAGAGUCUUGAUCAAGUUCUGGAAUCAAGUCAAGAGUGGUUAAACAUGAAUGAUGACAUCUUUGAAAACCAGAAAGAUGCAGUCAUGUCAGCUAUUGAUGAAAUAUGGCCGGGCAAACUCAAGUGAAAAAUAUUUUAUUUUUUCUCUCACUUCAGUGUGUAACCUUUUUUACUAUUUCCUUUAAAAUUUAUGCCCAACGCAUUAU